AUGGACAAGAUCGACCGCGUCCUGUACAAGUACGCUGCCGAGGGUCAAGACACCAAGGACAAGGUCUACGGCGCUUCCUUUGUUGUCACGGACCGCAAUGGCGUCGUCUACUCGGGGUCUUCCGGGCGCAUCGCCGCCGACACCUCGGCGCCCCCCUUCACAGACCGAUCCUUCACCUGGGUGGCCUCUCUCACCAAGCUUCUCACAGCGACUUCGCUCCUUCAGCUGGUAGAGGAUGGCAAGCUCACGCUGGACCAGGACUUGCGCCCCGUCGUCCCCUACUUCGCCGAGGUGCCGAUCCUGGUCGACUUUGACGAGAAUGACAAGCCCGUCAUGGAGGAGAACAAGGACCCCAUCACCCUACGACAACUUCUCACGCACACGUCCGGCUUCAGCUACGAGUUUGCCGACCCGACGCUCCUCAAGUGGUCGCGGCAGCAGAAGCGUCCGGUCUGGCGCAUGAGCUGGUCGCGCGAGGAGGUGUCGACGCCGCUGCGCUUCCCGCCGGGGACGUCGUGGGGGUACGGCGUCGGCACCGACUGGGCCGGCCUCGCGCUCGAGGCCGUGACGGGCCGCACGCUCAACGACUACAUGGGCGAGCGCAUCUUCCGCCCGCUCGGCAUGACCGACUCGGGGUUCCGCCGCGCGCAGCUCCCGCAGACGGCGGCGCGCACCGUGCGCGCCGCCACCCGCGACCCCAAGACGGGCGCGCUCGCCGACGCCGCCUCCUGGGUGAUGCCGACGGACCACGAGGUCGACAGCGGCGGCGGCGGCCUCUUCACCACGGCGAGCGACUACGCCUCGUUCCUGCGCGGCCUGCUCGCCGGCACGGCGCUCCGGAGCGACACCUUUCGCGAGAUGCUCACGCCCCAGCUCGACGACGCCACGGCCGCCUACCUCCAGGUCCUGGCCUUUCACCCCUCGGUCCACGAUACGUUUGCGCCCGAGUUUACCGGCGAUCCGAUCCCGCUCAACCAUGGCCUCGGCGGCCUGCUGAACCUGGUCGACGUCCCCGGCAAGCGACGAGCGGGCAGCAUGGCCUGGAGCGGCAUGCACAACUGCCGCUGGUGGAUUGACCCCAAGACGGGAAUUGCGGCUGUGCUCGUCGUCAAUAUUCGUCCCAACGGCGAUCCGGUCGUGGCGAAACUGUAUGACGAACUAGAAUUGGCGACGUACGAGGCACUGGCUUCCGCAAAGAGCAAGAUGUAG